AUUCCUUUCCAAGUUGGGCUGUCAAAAGCGGAUCUACGGAAGACGUUAAAGUCCAGUUUAUCCGGGGUGGACAAGUCCAUUGCUGCCAUGUAUAAGAAGUUGCAGAAAAACUUGACUUCCGAGGAACUCUUACCUUCCUUAUGGGAUAAAUGCAAGAAGGAUUUUCUUGAUAAGUACGAAACCUUUGUCCAACUUGUUGCCAAGAUAUACCCAGCUGAGUCAGUCCCUUCUGUGGGGGAGUUGCGAGACCUUUUAGCUUCCAUGUAAAUCUUUAUUUAUACACAUUCUAUCAUUUUUACAUAUCUUUUUUUGGCCUGUAAUCACUUCUACCACAACGUAUUUGGAUUUACUUGACCAUAAUGCAUCCUAAAAGGAAUGCGGUCAAUAUUUAGCUCAUGUUUAAUUUUAAUAUCUGUAUUACUG